UAUAACUCAAUACCCCUGCCUCCCUCCCAUGGAAACAACGUGGUCGUCGUAUGAGCUUCUUCUUCUUCUUCUUCCUCUUUAUUCUAUAACUUUUUCUGCUCUGAGAUCUUUGACGCUCAUAUCCAUCCCUAAAUAAUACUAGUGCUCAUCUCUUGGUUUCUUUCUUCAAUUACUCAUCAAUGGAUGUAUAAAUAUAUAGUAAAUAGUAGCUUUGUUCUCAGAUGUCAGAUGUAUGAUGAAAGCAACUAGUCUCCAAAGAAAAAUUAUUGGCGAUGAUGGAAGAAAAGGAGGAACAUGGCUGCCCUAGUUCCUUUAAACCACACAAGAACCCGAAGAAGAGAAAGUCUACUACUACUUCAGCAAUGAUACUGGACAAUACCCCCUUCAGCCUUUCUAAACGAGCCAUUUUGUCCCUCACCAAACCCUCAUAUGCUCUUGGCCUGGGUUCCAAGACCUUCAGGAGAGAAAACCGUGAUAGGUUGAGCUACCUUUUCUCAAAGCUCAUGACCCACCACCAAUGGACUCAAGCUACUGGCGUCCUUAGUCUCUUGUUGAAAGGGACUUGCAAAGACAAGUCUCUGCCCAACAACCGCUUCAAGUACACUGCGUUAAUGGAGAUUGUUGAGCUUUUAGGAACUGAUUCUAAUAACGGGACAAGGGUCAAGAACAUUUAUGACAUUUGGAUUAGAAAAACUGCGACCAUGAAAGGAAAGCAUGUUGAAAAUCCAUACCUGGUUCAUAUAGAGUUUAUCGUUUUUUGUCUUACACAAGGGAAUAUUGACGAUGCUCAUCAGGCUGCGUUAUGGCUCAUGCAAGAAAAUGAUUUUGGUAAAGAGCCAGUUUCAAAUAUGAUUGUAGGAUUGACAUUCUACCAAUUAUGGUACUCUACUAUUCCAAAAGAAGUGUUGUUCAAAGAUUCUGACCAGGUUUAUUCCCCUGGCCAUACAAAUAAACCUGCUUUCACAGAAGGGUGGGAUAGAGCUGAUUCUAAUCAAUCUGGUACAGACUUUCAAUGUGAUUCAAACUCCUCUAUCAAGAAUGAUAAAAGAAUACAUAUUGAUUUGGAUAAGGGCUUACAGACAGAAAGCUCUGUUGGAGUUGAUAGUGUACAGAUAGAAACUCUUCCACAGAACUUUCAGCCCCAGGGCUUCUAUGCAAAUUCUGCUGACAAUACAGGAAGUGAGGCUUUAGAAUCUUGUCAUGGUGAUCAGAUAACUUCCACUUUUUCUGCUCUUGAAGGCUUGAAUUCGGUAUUGUUACCUGUAAAGUUGUUGCAAUCUACUGAGAAUUGCGUGCAUAAGGAAAUGCUUAAUGACUAUUACAAGGAGGCAGUGAAGUACUUAAGACAUGCUCUGUGCUCAACCCCACCAGUUUUGGCGGCCUUACUUCCCUUAAUACAGCUGUUACUGGUCGGAGGUCAAGUUGAUGAGGCCUUAAAUGAGCUCAACAAAUUCUGCUGUAAUUCGAACUCAACACUACCUAUGCGAUUAAGAGCUACCCUCAUGGAGCAUUUUGAAUAUAACAGCAUGAAUAUUUCUUCCUGUUUUGAAGACAUCUUAAAGAAGGAUCCUACUUCUUGUGAUUCACUGGUGAAGCUUGUUAUGAUGCAUCGAAAUGGGGAGUAUAGUUCUGAAUCUUUGUUGGAGAUGAUAGCUUGUCAUCUCGAUGCUACAUAUGCAGACCACAAUACAUGGAGAGAGUUUGCUUCAUGUUUCUUGAAACUUUCACAACAUGAAGAAGACCAGAUGUCAGUGUGUCUUAAUGAAAAUGGCAGCGGGGUUAAACAAUGCUGCUCAGUUUCUUUUAAUAAGAUUCCCAAAUUAUUUAUGGAGGGUAAAUCUCAAAAGAAUUGGAGGCUUCGAUGCAGAUGGUGGAUGACACGUCACUUUAGCACAAAUAUGCUUGCAUCGGAGAUUGCAGCAGUUGAUUUGGAGCUCCUAACUUAUAAAGCAGCAAGUGCUUCUCACAUGUUUGGACCCAGGUUUGCUUAUGUAGUGGAUGCUUAUUCUUGUUUGGAGGAGAAAAAUGAAAUAGAUUUUCUCUUUAUCCUGAAAUUGCACAUAAGUAAGUCCACUGGGGUCUAUUCAAGCUUUGAACAGAAUAAUAAAUGAUAGAAGUGUAAAGAGCAGCAAAAAAGAAGGCGGGAUAAAUGGCGGUGUUUGGCGGAGGAUUGGGUGGUGGUUUGUUCCUCUCACAGCCAGUGACCUUCGUGAUGGGAAACGCCAAGAAGCUCGAAGAAGUUGAUGCCAUUUUGGGCAAACACCAUUCCCUUUCAGUUCUUCAAGCUUGAUCUAACUGAGUUGCAAGGCAUGCCAGAAGACAUCUCCAAAGAAAAGGCUCGUUUGGCUGCCAUUUAGGUGAAUGGGCCAGUGCCGGUUGAAGAUAAUUGCCUCGGCUUCAAUGCCCUUUAGGGUCUUCCUGGUUUGUACAUCAAGUGGUUCUAGGAAAUGAUUGGUCAGGCAAGUCUCAACAAUUUGUUGAUGGCAUAUGAGGAUAAAUCAGUUUAUGCUGUGCGUGUUACUUUUUUAUUUUCCCUUGGACCCAGAGCUGAACCUAUUACAUUUCUGGGUGAAACUCUGUAAGAUUGUUCCGCUGAGUGGACCAACUGAUUUUAGAUGGAUUCUAUUUUCCACCCUGAUGGUUACGAGCAAAGUUAUGCUGAAAGGCCAAAUGAAGAAAAGAACAAAAUAUCUUACCGGUCCAAAGCACUUGCAUCAGUGAAGUCUCAUUCAGCAGAAGCUGGAUACAUAUUUCUGACUGACACCACUUUCUGAAUGGUCCAACACCCUUUAACUGCCUCAAAAUAGUUGCAAGCUCUACCUCUCAGGUAAUGAUAUUUCUGAAAUGCAAGAAGACAAUUUAGUUGAUUAUUUAACUUUUUAACCUGCUUUGGUAUACAAAAUGUGGACAAGGAAAGAAGGAAAGAAUGUUUUUAUUUUUAUACAGGUUUUUUUUUUUGAGAGAGCAGAAUAAUAAAUGAUGACUAUUCUCUGAGUGGGAUGUAGAUAAAGUUUACCAGGUCUUUUAUUGGAUUAAACUUCUCAAACUAUUUUUAAUGUUUCCCAGUAUGGAUAGCAGUCUUUUGAUGAAUACUACACUGUUAAUUAAUAGUGCCUACAGGGUUUUCAGAAGGCAAGUUAUUAUGGUGGCAUGCAGUCGCAGUUUCUGAUUCACUUUCGUUCAUAUCUCUGUGUCAACUUCUUUUGUUAUGGAGGAUACGUCUUGCCCAGUUUGUGGUGGGGAGGCGACUGUCAUCUGCUGUGGACUUGCAACUUGCAAGGUGGGAAAUUUUAAUUUGUGGAGAUGUUAAAGCAUUAGUAAAUGGUUGCACUUAUUAAGCUCGUAUGAACUCGCUGAUUCUCUCCAAUCUAGCUUGUUUCCUGAUUGGAUUCCUACCAUCCAUCUCGACCAAAUUUGUAUCAGUGGUUCCCGAGAUCCUGUGACAUGAACAUAAAAGAAUGGUCCAUAUUUUUGAGCUCAUGAAUUUUCACAGAAUCACUGAUGCAGUGCUAUUCCAUUUCCAAUAACCUGAUGUCAUUCUUUCUCGCUUGCUUGGGUUAGAUCUAUCCCCAAAGACUUGGUUAGUGUGUGUGGUCCAUGAUUUUUCGGGUAUUCCUGUAUUUUUGCGCACUUUUUUCUUGUCACCAAACUGCUGCUGACUGAAGGCUCUUCUUGCUUGGAAAUGACCUUGUUGCCCAAGUUAUCAUGGUGGUGAUAUCAUCAGUCGUAACUGGGUGCUACAGUCCAUCAUUUAUGACAACAAGUCUGCUGAUUGGCAACUUAAGGGUCAGAUUUGUGCUGGAGUCGAGAAGGUUCUGGCCGAGUGGUGGUAACAGAUUUGUUUUUUUGAUCUGCUUUGCUUCUCUGUUUGAGUGAUGAUUUUCGGUUUUCAUAAUCGAGUUCCGAUGAUCAAAGAUUUCUAAAAUUAAAAUAAUUAUUGUUAGUAUCUUUGUCGGAUAAGUUCCCCAAAGAAGGUUCUUUUCAUAUGAGAGAGGUAACCCAGCUCAAGUCCGAAAAGGCACUCAAUUCCCUAAAGUAGAGAAAAUAUUAACAGUCCAAGUACUUACUUGACCAAUAUGUCUGGUCUUUAUUGUAUGAUGUUACUAUUAUUUCAUUGUAUGGUCGUCGACCAUACGUAUAGAAUUUUAUUUACAUGAAAGUUGAUCU